AUGGCGCGAAUCGUGGCUCACGAUUCAUCGACGUCUCACCAUGAUGCCCAAAGCUUCGACAUUUUUGACGACAAGUCCUUGACCCCUGUCAAACACGUCCAUGUCGAUGCCAACAUUGACGUGCUUAAGGAGCUGUCACAUGGACAAAGUCAGAGCCGGCUAACACCGCCAACCGGUGAAUCUGUUGUCGGAUCACCGCUGGCAAAGAGUCCUCGAAGAGACGCCACCACUUCGCCAGAGAACAGCACGGCCAAGGCUCAGAGUAACAGGCGAACAAUUCGUGCCCGACGCCCACAAAUUGAUUCAGAUACAUUUGAGCCUCUUGUUGCCGUGCCAGAAGAAACCAGCAGCCUCAUAGAGAUUGAGCAAGAUAUCGUUGCUGCUUCAGCAGCCACAAAAGACGAUGAGGUGAAAGGUUCUCAUAAGAAAUUGGAUCAAGGCCACUCACCUGGUGUCCUCGGCCCAAAAUCUGCUCUUGAAAGACAGGUCGAGAAACAUCUCGCAGGUCAGUUCGAGUGGAUCAUGACGUAUCCUGCAGACGCAAAAUCUCCAACAGCUGGUGGCUCUCAAGACUCGCAAGACGGGCACAAUUCAGGAAGCGAGUCCAAGGGAAGCAUCUAUGGCUGCAAUUUGCUGCCUGUUAGGCGACGUCGCACCUCUCAAACGGGGGCUGACAUCACAACUGACAUUUAUACCCUCUUAGCAACACCACUUAACAAAGAUUCAUACACUACCGGCCAGAUGAUGGACGGCACGAGAACCACAGACGGCCCCAUCUCGUUGGCAAUGUCGUAG